CUCACAUUUGUUUCAUCCCAUUAUCAUAUCAUCCUUCAAAACACAAAGCUAGAGAGAAAGAAAAUGUGUUCCUCAAAAUCAAAGAACAUGAACCAAGAAGCCAUUUCCCAAAUCAAUGGUCGUCCGGUUCUUCAGCCAAAAUCGAACCAAGUUCCCACUUUAGACCGACGCAAUUCACUCAAGAAAUCCCCUCCUAAACCUUUGAUACAUCCCAUUGCAUCAAAGUUAGCGUCACCAAGACAAAUAUCCCUAAACUCUCCACCUUUGUCUCCCAACUUAAAACCCAUAAGAAAACUGGCCGGUCAUGAGAAACCUAAACAGGCUGCUAAACCGGUGAAAUUAUCAGAGAGCACUGAUGGUGGCUGCAGAGAGGUUAAGUCCUUGAUGACUGUUCAGAAGCAACCUGGAAGUAUAGCUGCUGCACGAAGACAAGAGGUUGCUAUGAAACAAGAAGAAAGAAAGAAGAAAACCUCUCAUUAUGGUAGAGUAAAAUCUGUAAAAUCAAACGAAAGUAACUUAAAUGUUGAACAUGAAAAGAAGAAGAGAUGCAGUUUCAUCACUACAAGUUCAGAUCCAAUCUAUGUGGCUUACCAUGACGAAGAAUGGGGAGUUCCUGUUCAUGAUGACAACCUACUGUUUGAGCUUCUGGUGUUAACCGGAGCUCAAGUAGGAUCCGACUGGACUUCGGUUUUGAAGAGAAGAAACACUUUUAGAGAGGCUUUCUCUGGUUUCGAAGCAGAGCUUGUCGCAGAGUUUAACGAGAAGAAGAUACAGUCGAUAGUCAACGACUAUGGAAUUGGCCUUAGCCAAGUCCUUGCAAUUGUUGACAACUCUAAACAAAUUCUCAAGGUUAAAAGAGAUUUUGGAUCAUUCAACAAAUACAUUUGGGAAUUCAUGAAGCACAAACCGUUUACCACAGAAUACACAUCUUGCCAAAAGAUUCCGGUGAAGACAUCAAAAUCAGAAACCAUAAGCAAAGACAUGGUUCGUCGUGGGUUUAGAUUCGUUGGCCCGACAGUUAUACAUUCGUUAAUGCAAGCCGCCGGUUUGACCAACGACCAUUUGAUCACUUGCCCCAGACAUCUCGAGUGUAAGGCCAAAGCUGGUCUAUAGGCAAAAAAGAUCAUUGUUUUGGUCACAUUGGCUUUAUUUAUUAGUUUUACGUAAUCAUAAUAAUAUUGAUGUGUUAUUAUUGUAGCACUAUAUAUACCAUGUGAUAUAUAGAUUUGAGGUCCUAACUUUAGGUGUUGUUUCUUGUACAAAAGUAGUAUUUGUUUGUGUGUGUGAUUGUGCCUUAUCUUUAAUAUAUAUAUAUGUGUGUAUUUGGUUUA